CCCAACUUAGUUGGUAAGAAGGAACAAAGCGAUCGGUGUGGCGAAAGAGAAAGCGCAUUCACACAGCUCUGUUGACGUGUGCAAUGCCCCAUUUCCAAAUAGGUAAAUAAAUAAAUAAAUAAAUAACCAUGGCCGCCAGCGUGGUCAAGGCGCCCAAGUGUCCGCGUCGGGGAUCGGCCAAGGAUGUGGCCAAGAAUACGACGGUGGCGGUGCAGAAGGUCAAGAACAACAACGAGGCCAACUGGAACUGGUGGCUUCUGCUGGCCACCGUCUUUCUCAUCACCUUUGCCACACGCUUCUACAAGGUUACCGAACCGGAUCACAUAUGUUGGGAUGAAACGCACUUUGGCAAGAUGGGCAGUUGGUACAUCAACAGAACCUUCUUUUUCGAUGUUCAUCCACCGCUGGGCAAGAUGCUUAUUGGACUCUCUGGCUACUUGACGGGAUAUAAUGGAACGUUUCCUUUUGAAAAACCAGGCGAUAAGUACAAUGAGACUCGUUAUCAGGGGAUGCGAUAUUUUUGCACCACCCUGGGGGCCCUGAUAAUGCCCAUGGGCUUCGACACUGUCUACGAUUUAACGCGCUCCCAUGAGGCGGCCCUGCUCUCGGCAGCCUAUUUAAUAUUUGAUGUGGGUCUCCUUACCCUCAACCAGUACAUCCUCCUUGAUCCCAUCUUGCUAUUCUUCAUGAUGGCCUCCGUUUGGGGCAUGGUGAAGAUCUCGCGAAGCACCUCCUCGGGUGGCUCCUACUCCCUCCGCUGGUGGUUCUGGCUCUUCCUCACCGGCACCAUGUUAUCCUGCACAAUCAGUGUGAAGUUUGUGGGUCUGUUUGUGGUCCUUCUGGUGGGUUUGCACACGGCCACCGAGCUGUGGCUCAUCCUGGGCGAUCUGGGACAGCCCAUUUGGGAGACUGUGAAACAGGUGGCCUGUCGGGCCAUUGCCCUCAUUGCAUGGCCCAUUCUCCUCUACAUUCUCUUCUUCUACAUCCACCUGAGUGUCCUGAACAGGAGUGGCAAUGGCGAUGGCUUCUACAGCUCCGCUUUUCAGUCCCGCCUCAUCGGGAACUCCCUGUACAAUGCCAGCAUGCCGCGGGACGUGGCCUAUGGCUCCGUGGUGACCAUUAAGAACCACAAGACGGGCGGCGGCUAUCUCCAUUCCCAUCAUCAUCUAUAUCCCAAGGGAUCGGGAGCCAGGCAGCAGCAGAUCACCACCUACACACACAAGGACGAGAACAACAAGUGGCUCAUUAAGCCGCACAACAAGCAGCGAGUGGCCAAGGAUAAGCUGCACUUGCUCCGCCAUGGGGAUCUCAUCCGGCUGGAGCAUGUGGCGACCAAGAGGAAUCUGCAUUCCCAUGGCGAACCGGCUCCAAUGACCAAAAAGCAUCUACAGGUCACGGGCUACGGCGAGAACGGUGCCGGCGAUGCCAACGAUGUGUGGCGCGUGAUGGUUGUGGGCGGCAAGGUCAACGAGACGGUGCACACGGUGACCUCCCGCCUGCGCUUUAUCCACCUCUUGCAGAACUGCGUCCUGACCUCCAGUGGGAAGCAGCUGCCCAAGUGGGGAUUCGAGCAGCAGGAGGUGUCCUGCAACCUCAAUGUGCGCGACAAGAAUGGACAGUGGAACAUCGAGGACAACGAGCACAAGUUGUUGCCCAGUGUCAGUUUCAGCAUUUAUGCGCCAGGAUUCUUUGCACGCUUCCUGGAAUCGCACGCCGUCAUGCUGCAGGGCAACGCGGGACUGAAGCCCAAGGAGGGCGAGGUGACCAGUCGACCCUGGCAGUGGCCCAUUAAUUACAGGGGUCAAUUCUUUUCGGGCAACAUUUAUCGCAUAUAUUUGCUUGGAAAUCCGGUGAUCUGGUGGAGCAAUCUGGUCUUUCUGGCCCUCUUCGUGGCUGUCUUUCUGUACAAUGCCAUCCUGAAGCAGCGACAAGCUGGUCUAAACCAAUACCAGGUCGAAAUGCUUCAGUAUGAGCUGCAGCACUCCCAGGGAGAUUGCCAGGCUGUGGCCCAGGGCGAGGACAGUGAACCCUCGACCGCGGAGCUCUGCAGGUGCUGUCCUUCGCUGGAGCAGAGGCUCAAAAAGGAGCAACAGGAGCAGGAGGAGCAGGAACAGGAGCUGUCCAAUGGGGAUUCCCCCUCACCGGCCAUGUCCUUGCAGGCGGGCGCCUGGCUUUUUGUGGGCUGGGUGCUUCACUACCUUCCCUUCUGGGCCAUGGGAAGAGUGCUCUACUUUCAUCACUAUUUUCCGGCACUAAUCUUUAAUUCCCUGCUCACUGGUGUCAUGUUCAACUACCUGAUGCGCUCCCUCUCCAAGUGGAUCCAGCAUGUGAUCCUGGGCGUGGUUCUUUCGAUUCUCGUCUAUAGCUUUGUCCGAUUCUCGCCUCUGGCUUAUGGCAUGAGCGGUCCGCUGGCCAACGAGCCCAACUCCACGAUGCACAGCCUCAAGUGGCUGUCCACCUGGGAGUUUUAGUUAAUUUUAAAUAUAAUCUAGCUAUUUUUUUUUCUAAUAUUUAUGGUAGUUUUAAAAAUGUUUAAUUUAUAGAUGCUUAGGUUAUAUUUUGCACAACAAUUAAGUC